GAGCUCUUCUGUUUCCUGUGCAGAGCUCCCGUUGCGGAGGCACCCGUAGCAGCCCUGGCGGACCAAGGAGCGAUGGCAGCGGCCGAUAUAGCUCGCCAGGUGGGCGAAGAUUGUCGAACUGUCCCCCUGGCUGGACAUGUGGGGUUUGACAGCUUGCCUGACCAGCUGGUGAAUAAGUCAGUCAGCCAGGGCUUCUGCUUCAACAUCCUGUGCGUGGGGGAGACAGGUUUGGGCAAGUCCACCCUCAUGGAUACCCUAUUCAACACCAAGUUUGAAGGGGAGCCAACGACCCACACACAGCCAGGUGUUCAGCUCCGGUCCAAUACCUACGAUCUCCAGGAGAGCAACGUGGGGUUGAAGCUCACAAUUGUGAGCACUGUAGGCUUUGGGGACCAGAUCAACAAGGAGGACAGCUACAAGCCCAUCGUGGAAUUCAUUGACGCUCAGUUUGAGGCCUACCUACAGGAAGAGCUGAAGAUCCGGAGAGUACUGCACUCCUACCAUGACUCCCGAAUCCAUGUCUGCUUGUAUUUCAUUGCCCCAACAGGACAUUCACUUAAGUCUCUGGACCUAGUAACCAUGAAGAAGCUGGACAGUAAGGUAAACAUCAUUCCCAUCAUUGCCAAAUCAGAUGCCAUUUCUAAGAGUGAGCUGGCAAAGUUCAAGAUCAAAAUCACCAGUGAACUUGUCAGCAACGGAGUCCAGAUUUAUCAGUUCCCCACAGAUGAUGAGUCGGUGGCCGAGAUCAAUGGAACCAUGAAUGCCCACCUGCCGUUUGCUGUUGUUGGCAGCACAGAAGAAGUGAAGAUUGGCAACAAGAUGAUGUGGGCUCGGCAGUAUCCUUGGGGGACUGUUCAGGUUGAAAAUGAGGCCCACUGCGACUUUGUGAAGCUUCGGGAGAUGCUGAUUCGGGUCAACAUGGAGGAUCUGAGGGAGCAGACCCACGCCCGGCACUAUGAAUUAUACCGCCGCUGUAAGCUGGAGGAGAUGGGCUUCAAGGACACCGACCCUGACAGCAAACCGUUCAGUUUACAGGAGACAUAUGAGGCGAAAAGAAAUGAGUUCCUAGGAGAGCUCCAGAAGAAAGAAGAGGAGAUGAGACAGAUGUUUGUCCAGAGAGUCAAAGAGAAAGAAGCCGAGCUCAAGGAGGCCGAAAAAGAGCUGCAUGAGAAGUUUGACCGUCUGAAGAAACUGCACCAGGAAGAGAAGAAGAAGCUGGAGGAUAAGAAGAAAUGUCUGGAUGAGGAGAUGAACGCCUUCAAGCAGAGAAAGGCGGCGGCUGAGCUGCUCCAGUCUCAGGGCUCUCAGGCUGGGGGCUCACAGACUCUGAAAAGAGACAAAGAGAAGAAGAAUUAACUCUGCUGUUUGCUGCAUGCUGCAUGACACCCAGGGUCCUGUAAUCCAUGGCUGUGUACUGAAUAGUAUGCCCCGCUACAGCUGGACUGGACUCCACUUAGCCUUUUAAGCGAAAGUUCUUAUUUUAACUGAUAUGUUUUGUUUUUUGUUUUUUUUUUUAAUGGUGCCAGACAUCUGGACCCUCCACCCCUGCUCUGGUACUUCAAGCAUUUUGGUUUUGGUUUUUUAUUUGUUUGUUUGUUUUGAGUUCUGCAACUUGCUUCUGCCUCCCAGUCCUACUGGCAUGGACCUAGACCUUCUCUUUUCUUGUUAUAAAGGUGGUUGUAUAAUCACUACCUCUAAAAAAAAAACGCAAGGUGAUAAUAAAUGUGCAGGCCCUCUGAACUGUUACAAAAGUGCGGGGGCCAUUGUCUACAAUCAUAGUUAAUAACGUGAACCUAAGACUAAGCCCAAAGCAGAACUAGUUAAAAGCAAGCAAGUCAAUGUGCACACUUUCUCUUUUCUUGUUGGCAAAGAGAGAAGGCAGUUUUGAUGUGUACUGGCCAGUGGCCAGAGGCAAGUACCAGGUGACAAAGUGAAAGCUAGUCCUUGGGGAAAACCAACUGGAAGUGGAGAAUUCCAGGAAACCCUGUGCCUAGAGGCAAAACAAAACAAACCCAGCCACCACUGAGAACAGAAAGCCCUAAAGCAGAGUCUCCAAGUAUCUCAGAUACUAUCAGUAGUCAGGAGAGUCAGGAGAGUCAGGCUACUGAGUUAAGGCUGUCUGGGUCUCCCUGAGAACAGCCCCUUAUGUGUAGCCAUGGAGUUUGUUUUUAAAACAGGUUCUUCAUAUGUAGCCCUGGCUGGCCUGGAAAUCACAAUCUAGAGGAGGCUGGCCUGAAAUUCACAGAGAUUUGCCUGCCCGUAUUUCCUGUGUGCUGGGGUUAAAGGCAAAUGCCACCACACCCAGCUGCCUUGAGGGUUUUAAUCCACCUUCCCAGCCUGCCUGCCAGCCAGAAAGUAUCAUCUUCCUUAAGAAGUACUUGUAUUUUUAAAUGAGGCCUUUCAUUUGCAUUUGUAUAUAAACUCAGUACUUGAGACUGGAGGAUCUCAAAAUACUUCACGAGUAUUUGAGCUACACAACCUUCCAAAAGUAAGCAGAAACUAUAUAAAUCGAGGAGCUUUUUGAUCAGCAUGGCUGAUAUCCCCCCCCACCCCAUGCUGUUGGAGGAUAGUGACGCGUAGAGAAAUGAAGGGGCUCUUCCACGGUCCCACUGCUAUUCCUGGACAAAGCUCAAGCAAAAAUUUCAAUUUACUGUCUCGGGGUUCCCAAUCCUUUUCACCAAGGGAUCCAAGUAUUUAUGCAUCUUCCUGGAGACAAAAAAAAUUUUUUUGAUGUUCUGAGAAACCACUGUUAGAUGACUCAGAGGGUUUUCACAUAGAAAAAUAGGAUGGAGUGGGUAGGCAGAGGUGAAGAGAAGGCUCCACGCCAGCUGCCAUGAUGCUGGAUGAUCAGUUAGCUCUAAGUCUGUAAGUCUUACAGAUAGAUGACCAGUUCCUGUGGCUGUAAGUCUGUAAGUCUUACAGACUAUCAAAUCCUGUAAGUCUGGACCAGGACCAGGCCAGUGUACAUUUUACUGGUGCACUAUGUAAUUAGGGAACUCAGGUGGAUAUAAAAAGCAAUCAAACUUAUUAAAAGAUGAUGCUAAAUUUCAUUGAGAAGUUCUUCUCACUGUAAAUGGAAAAAACUUUUGUUUUUACUUCACUUGAAAGUCUUUAAUUAGUACAAUUGUUACUAUUUUAAAAAAUACUCUAAGUUCCCUGUUUACUUCUAGUGAAACAAAAACCACUCAUUAGAAAUGGUCUGUGCCUUUCCAGACUGGAAUGGAAUGGCUUCCUGAAAUACAAACACACACACAUACACACCCUUCAUUUCUCCUAAGCCAAGAAGUCUGCUUUCUCCACCUGGUUUGGAUUUUUUUUUAAUCAUUUGGCAUUCACAUUUGGCUGUUAAUAUGUGCUUAUUUUUAAAUUAAAGCAAGAUGCAAUUAAA